AUGGAGCACAUCAGUGCAUCCUUUCUGGAUCAAGUCAUAAUGAUACCAACCAUCAAUACAAGCUUUCGAUGCGUAAGCUCACUCUUACAGAGCCAUGUGCUGCCAAUUGGGGGCCAACGACUGGGAUGGAUCUUCAUCAACGCUUUAUUCAUUUCCCUCCCAUGGGCUGGUGAUUCGGCCUGUCUUGCUACUUCUGCAACUGUGUGCCUGCAUGCUAUUCCUGUUGUGCACAGACUUGUGCAUCAUCUUGCUGAGUGCAAAAACGAGCCCACAAAAUUAUUGCAUGUGAAGAGCUGCAUCACAUGCCCAGCAUGUUGA